UAAACUUUUUAUAACUUAUAUAAUUAUUUACUAAAAGAAGUUAAAGGUCGGGUCAUUUUCGGAUCGGGUCAACUUCGAGUCUCGGGUCAACUUAGGGUCGGGUCGUUUCGGGUCUCGGGUCAACUUUGGGUCGGGUCAUCUCGAGUCAGUUCGUUUCGGGUUUCGGGUUUCGGGUUUCGGGUCAAGGUCGGGUCAGUUCCACUUCCGGUCGGGUAUGGGUCGGGUUGGGUUAUUAAUUCGGGUUUUGGGUCAAUUUCGGGUCACUGGUUUCGGGUCAUGGGUCGGGUCAUUCGGGUCGGGUCAUCGGGUCUGACAAUUGCCAGGUCUAUACACCACCAUCACCUUUUAUUUUAUUUUAUUUUUUAAUUUAAUUUUUUUAUAUUGUCAUAUUAUCGCAAGUCUUACGUGAAUUAUCCUUUGCACAACAUUAUGUUUUUCCAUAUGGCUAGGAGAUGGGACAACUUUGAUUUAAAAAAGAUUGACUUACUUUUGGUGCCAAGAUUAAGUAAAGAUGGUAGCAUUGAAAUAUUCUUACUUUGCGAGACGAAGGAUCUUAAAAGAAGAUUAAAGAUACCCUAAGUUUAAAGGAUCCAACUUUUCUUUUGUAACACUAGACUUUCAUUAUAUAUGCAUGCAUCCUAUUACUAUAAGUUAGGUAAACCUUCAUAUAUAUAUAUACUUCGCUCCACCAUUGUAUAGUAGGGAGGUACUACUACUCCAUUUACAAUACAUAGUUUCUAGUCUUUCUACACACUAAUUUAAACACACCUUUACCUCAUUGAUUUAUCCAUCUCUUCACUCGAUUUCGAUUGAUCUACGCGAAAUUAGUACUUGUCUACGUAAAAUCUCAAUUUUUUAGUAAGAUAUUAAAUGAAAAAACACAAUUUUGUAGGAGAAAAUUUGAACAGAUUGCCCCCCGGAUUCCGAUUUCAGCCUACCGACGAGGAGCUUCUUUUCCAGUACUUAAGAUGCAAGAUAUUUUCGCUUCCUCUUCCGGCCUCCAUCAUCCCUGAGGUCCAUUCUCUUAAGUUAGACCCUUGGGAGCUUCCCGGUGAUUCAAUGGAAGAGAGAUAUGUCUUCACCAAGAAGGGAGGAAGGCACAAGAAGCGUAACCAAAUUAAUAGAUCGAUUAGGGCAACAAACUUAGGUUAUUGGGAAGAGACUGGCUCGGAAAUGCAUAUAUCUCCUCCUCCAAGCCAAAAUUUCGAAACGAUGAUGAUGAUGGGCAUCAAAAAAACUUUAGUAUAUCAUAUGGGAAGGGCUCCAAGCGGUAGUCCAACUGAUUGGUACAUGAAUGAAUAUAGCUUAGUCUAUAAUAAUAAGAAUAACAAAGGUGUAUCCAAAAUGGAAGAUUGGGUCAUUUGGCAUGUAUUUUUGAAGCAAAGAAUUGAAGGAAAUGACGAUGCAAUUAUGUUAGACUAUAAUAAUAGUCAUUACAGACUAACCUCCAAUAUUUCAUCCCCUUGUUCUUCUUCUUCGUCGUCAUCAAAUUCAUUUGCACAUGUUUCUUCAUAUGAAUUACAUUCUGAUGAAGAGAGUAGCUAUAAUUUUAUGUAAUUUAAUUUAUUCAGCAUAUCAUAAUUCUUGUGCUUAAUUAUGCAGUUUAUGCAUUAAAGUACAUUAUUUAUAUUGCUAAUAUUGAAUUAAU